UAAAUUGUUAGUUAGUGGCGCGAGGGAAAUAUCACUAUUCCCCCUGGGACAUUACACAACAGUUUACAGCCGAUUACUCGAAGAUAUUUAUUAAACAUAAUUCUGUCUACAUAGAUAGUCUUUCAUAAGCACUUAAUAUUGUUUACCAAAGAAAUGGUGAUGGAGAAGCCAAGUCCCCUGCUUGUAGGGCGGGAGUUUGUGAGGCAGUAUUACACACUCUUAAACAAGGCACCAGAUUUCCUGCACAGGUUUUAUGGGAGGAACUCUUCCUAUGUUCAUGGAGGACUUGACCCGAGUGGGAAGCUGGCGGAAGCGGUGUACGGGCAAGCGGAAAUCCACAAGAAGGUCAUGUCCCUGCAGUUCAGUGAGUGCCACACAAAGAUUAGGCACGUGGAUGCGCAUGCCACACUGAGUGAUGGAGUGGUGGUGCAAGUCUUGGGAGAACUGUCAAACAAUGGUCAGCCCAUGAGGAAGUUCAUGCAAACAUUCGUGCUUGCUCCCGAAGGUUCUGUGGCGAACAAGUUCUACGUCCACAAUGACAUCUUCCGUUACGAGGAUGAGGUUUUUGGAGACUCUGAAGCUGAGCUUGAUGAAGAAUCAGAGGAGGAAGUUGAAGAGGAGCCAGAGGAGCGGCAGGCAUCCCCGGAGCCACUUCAAGAAAGCCCCAACAGCACCACUUAUUAUGAACCUCACCCUGUCGCUAAUGGAGUCGAGGAGCUUAUGGAGGAGCCGGCUCCAGAGCCCGAGCCUGAGCCUGAACCAGAGCCCAAAGUAGAGGAGAUAAAGCCUGACGUAGAUGAGAAGGUUGUGGAAGAGAUGGAGGAGAAGGCACCAUCACCGAUCCCUGUGGCGUCCCCACCCAACAUCCAGGAACCUCCCAAGACUUUCUCGUGGGCCUCGGUGACCAGUAAAAACCUGCCUCCUAGCGGCACAGUCUCCUCUGGAAUCUCACCCCAUGUUGUUAAAGCUCCAAGCUCACAGCCCAGAGGUGAAGCCAAGACUGAGACACAGGGAGCACCUCUUCGGUCCAGAGACCAGCGCACACGCGACAGACCGGUCUUUACUCAGCGGGGUCCCAGGCCUGAUGGUGUUGCAUCUUCGGAGUCACAAAUGGGGAAACCACACUUGAGUUUUGUUAACAAAGCAGGUGGCCGGGAAAAUUUUGAAACUGGUGACAUUGACAACAGGCGAAUUGUCCGAUACCCAGACAGUCACCAGCUUUUUGUUGGAAACCUCCCACAUGACAUUGAUGAGAGCGAGCUCAAAGACUUCUUCAUGACAUAUGGAAAUGUUGUUGAGCUGCGGAUUAACACCAAGGGCGUUGGCGGGAAGCUCCCCAACUUUGGAUUUGUGGUCUUUGACGAAGCUGAGCCCGUGCAAAGAAUCCUGGGUGCCAAGGUAGAAGGGCCUAUCAUGUUUCGAGGUGAGGUGCGUCUGAAUGUAGAGGAGAAGAAGACGAGGGCGGUGCGUGAACGAGAGACUCGCGGUGGAGGAGAUGAGCGCCGGGACAUGAGGCGCCCCGACCGAGGUCCCGGAGGUCCCGGAGGUCCCGGAGGCCCAGGAGGCCCAGGAGGCCCAGGAGGCCCCGGAGGUUCCAGAGGCAUCGUAGGCAGUGGGAUGAUGCGAGAACGCGACGGGAGGGGACCACCACCACCUCGAGGCGGCAUGGCCCCCAAACCCGGCAUGGGCUCCGGGAGAGGCGCUGGUGGCCAGGGAGAGGGUCGCUUCACCACCCAGCGCCGCUGAGAAGAGCACCACCUGUAGUGUGGAAGUAGUACCGGGUUCUUCAUCUUCAACCGUUCUCGUUAACGAAAAGAAAUCUUCAUGUAUGAAAGUAUAUAUUGGUUUUUGUUUUAUUUUUUUAUUUUUGUGUUCCCUCUUUGCUUUGGAAUGUGACACAGCUUGUCAACCUUUUGUUUGUGAAAUAGACAAAACAAAAUAAGCAAACAAAAAAAUGCGCUUAUUAGUUGUGAGCUGAGCAUCCUUUUGGGGUAUCUCAAGAAUUCACAAACUUUAAUUUGUAAAUUUGUGGAAAAAAGGCAAACCAACCAGGCGUAAUCUGCCACAUUAGGAGGGACUGAUGAGACUUUUUAACUACGAUAAUACAGCCCAUCAUUUGGAAAAGAGAUUAUAUGCCUUGACUUAACUGGGGCGCUGCUUCACGAAAUCCCUCUAUUGCACAUUUUAUAUGGUAGUUUUCUGCCUGUUACUGUUGGAAAAGAGUGAGAUGCAAAAUUUGUGCAGUUCCAGGGGAAAAGCUUGCCUUUUACUUUUUCCUUUUUGAGAGACCACUGCUUCAAAAUUGCAUAAACGCACUCAUUAAUAUGCACUAAUGGGUACUUUUGUCGUAUUACAUUGACAUCCAUGCUUGGAACGCAGCUGGAGAGACCUGUUUUGUCUCGAAGCGAUACGACUUUCCGGGGCAGGCCUCGCUCACAGCCUGUCUGCUGUGACCAAUGUACUUUUCACACUUUUGACCCAAAAGAAGCUUCAAUUACUGCUGGAUGGACAAGAUGACGAGCAAAUCUACAUUAUAUUUUUCCUCAUUUAUAAAUCAAAUAAAAAAAGCUAUAAUCCUGGACUUUCACCAAGUGAGUGGCGGGACGAAGGACACACAAGUAACAAAGUCGAACAAUAGAAGAGUGGUGUUAACGAUGGCGGCUCGCUCAGUUUUUAUUCUUUUGAUUCAAAGAUUGUUUUUCUUCGGCUAUUUCUUUGUUUUUCUGCCAGCCAGGCCGCAAAACUGGGAUGGACGACACCUUUCUUCCCUUCCUCUCAAGUGCGGAGUAACAGAAUAAAUGUACAGCAGAAAUCAUAGUUUACUGUAUGUUUUGGUUUUCUGUGUAUUUUAUUUUUCUCUCAACUUGAUAAAAGCAUGAGUGGUGCCUUCUAUUUCACAUUUUCCUGUCUUACUCGAGUGAAGCGGUUCGUGGCUCUCUGCCUCCUGUUAUGGAGCUGCUCAGUUUGAACUAUUGUUUUGGGGCACAGAUAGAAAAAUAAAUGGCAGUAUUUGCAAGUUUUAGGUAAAUUUUACUUUUCAGUUGCAAAUUUCAUUUUUCCAUACUGUUUUACUACCUAAGAUGAGCUGCUGUGAGUUUUGUACAUUUGUUUUGUAUUGUCUGUUCUGGGUUUUGUAGAGACAAUAGGUGCCUCCCGUUCUGUUGUUAAAUGGUUAAGAGGUUUAUCUGAAGAACAACCCUACCCCUCCCCCAUUAAAAAAUGGUACAUUAAAGAUAAUGCAGGAAAAAUGCUUGCUCCUUUUGGUUUAACAAGUCACGGCUCCACACAACAAUGAUUUCACUGAACUACGGUUUGCAAAGGGCAAAUGUCUCACAAUGUGAUUCAGAUUCUGUUCAUACUGUCAGUCGGUCCAUAUAGGUGUAGAGACUCAUGGUAGCAGUCGGGUUAAUCCCUGGACGCGAGUUGUCAGAUUGUUCUUUUCUCGGCACCAAUUUGUUGUAAAGAUCUGUGGGUGGGCUGGCCGUGGUUCCAGUCCACCGACUAGCAAACAAUUGUGCUCACUUUUCUAGCUGUUUGUGCAUUUGUAUUUUCAUAUGCUGAUUAUUCAUUGUGCUUAUUUGUGUUCCAUUUUUAUUUUAUUUUUUUCCAUUGAAGGCAAGUCUGAUUUGAAUGCCAUACUAGUCAUAUCUCUUUUGUCCUCUAAUGCAUUUUCUUUCUUUUUUGAGCUCUUUUUAGUUUUUUUGUUAUCUUGCACUGAAAUGGGAGUGAAAUCAAUGUAGCAUUUUUCUGGACAAAUAUACAAAUGAGAUCUUCCUUGUCUGGUGGUAUUGUACUAUUUACAACAUUUCUGGGACAAUCUGUAAUUUUGAACACGGACUCACCAAAUUCCUCAUCUGGCAGUGAGAAAACAAAUGAAGUGCUCGUCUUGUUAUCCGCAUACAAUAUUUGCUCUCGCCGUUAAAACGAGAUUUGAUGUACAGACAUGGCAUUUUAAUAUAGUUUUCCACAAACUACUCUCCCUUUUGUAGUUGAGAUUAAAUAUUUUCAGAUGUGAGAUUAGUUUUCAAUAGAGAACAUAAUUUGUUACAAUCAAUCUUUGACCUAUUACAGAAAAAUUACAGCUCUUUGAUCCUUGAGUGUUUUUAACAGACAGUUUCUCAUUGGUACCUCAGCCCCGAAUGUUUAUUUGUCCUGUAAUUGCUUAAUUAAAGCACUUGACUGCAAUCAUACUUUUUACAGCCUUGGUCAACGAAGAGGGUGACGAAGAAGAGCCAUCAGGCUUUCAGACCAAUUUGUGUUUUUCACAUUGUAAUGGUGGCAAAUUUUUUUGAGUAAAUACAUUUACAGUUUGAUAGUUCUUCUUUUUUACCGAGGUUUUCAACCCUCCCACCCCUUUUCCAAACUAAACCUUUAAAGGAUCUUCAAAAGAAAAGAAAAAAAGAAGCCGUAAAUUACUUUUCCCGUGCUGGAAAAAUUAUUUUAGUGGAUCCUCAUUGUGAAUCAUUCCAGUCCCUUUUGAAUGGAAAUAGAAGUACCUUCUUGGCUUUGGCAGGUGUGGUAAACAGUGGGCUGCCAUCUUCAUUUGACGGUGUUUACCCUUUACUUGUUGCUAGUACAAAAGUGUUGCAGGUGGAGAAUCUUUUUUUGUUUUGUUCUUUUUCCCUCUCUUUUUUGAAUGUGUUGGACUUGCAUACAAUAAACUACUGAUAUCAGCACCACUCAUA